UGAAAAUAGUUUUGUCACUUGAAUGUCGGAAAAGUAAACAUAGACAGACAGAUACUGAUAUAGAAAUCGACGAACGUGGGAAAAGCCAAUAGCAAGUCAGAAUGUCUGGUCGCGAGGGCGGUAAGAAGAAGCCUCUAAAGGCGCCAAAGAAGGACUCGAAGAAUCUAGACGAGGAGGACAUGGCCUUCAAGCAGAAGCAGAAGGAGCAGCAGAAGGCUCUGGAGGCAGCCAAGGCUGGUGCCUCCAAGAAGGGACCACUUGUUGGCGGCGGAAUCAAAAAGUCGGGCAAAAAGUGAUCAUAGCCACGCCUUCAUCUUCCUUCAUAUUCCUUAACUUGCUGGAUCACUCCGUUUUAUUGAAAUCGCACCCAAGUGGAUUAAAAUCUACUAAUUGUAACCUCAAAGAAAUCAAUAUCAUGUAAUUGUCUUGCUGAA